AUGGAUCUGUACGAAAACUAUACCGAAGACGCAUCCAAUGGAACGGAUUCUUCCACUGAAAAAAUUGGGACGGCAUUAAAUUAUAGUGUUUUAUACAAUGUGAUAUCGGUGGUGAUAAAUGUUGUCAUAUUUGUCGGCGGCCUCGUCGGAAAUAUUCUCGUCAUUCUGGUCGUUAUCCGUACCAGAAGCAUGCGGACACCCACGAAUUGUUAUCUCAUAAGUUUGGCAGUUGCUGACUGCAUAUUACUGAUGUCUGCAACUUUGCCUGCAAUUCCAGAGACGUUCUUUCAAAUCAACGAGUGGCCGUUUGGUAGGGUCAUGUGUUCCUUGCUUGUGUUUCUACAAUACCUUGGGAUUGACAUUUCUUCUUUGUCUAUCACUGCUUUCACUGUUGAGAGAUACAUUGCCAUAUGUCACCCUCUCAGAUCACAAAGAAUGUGCACUGUUGAAAGAGCCAACAGGAUCAUUGUGGGUAUUUGGAUAUUUGGAAUUCUUUACUGUAGCCCUUGGCUCGGUCUUACAACCGUCAAACAAGAGAGGCGACAUGAUACUGUUGUUAACUUGUGCAUAUAUCUUCUGGAUCGGGAGAAUUAUGUUAUAUAUUAUAUGACAGAUCUUAUCAUAUUUUAUAUAAUUCCACUAUUGAUUUCCGCAAUAUUGUACGGGCUUAUUGCCAGGAUGAUGUUCAAGACCAACAUUACCCAAGAAGAUGCAGGCAUAUCUCUCAACGCAAAAAGGAAUCGGAACCGACAAAUGUCGUCCAGAUUGCAGGUUGUGCGAAUGCUCGCAGUGAUCGUGUUUGUUUUUAUGGUGACGUGGAUGCCAUACCGUACAAUGGUCGUGUACAACUCCAUCGCCACGGAGAAGUAUCUUGACCUCUGGUUCCUCAUGUUCAGCCGAACAAUGGUCUAUAUUAAUAGUGCUAUCAACCCAAUCCUCUACAAUGCCAUGUCCGUCAAGUUCAGACGUGCCUUUAAGCGAAUCCUCUGUUGUGGAAAAUAUUUAGUUGAUGGUCAUACUUCUGUCUACAGCGAGGUGAAUCUUGAGAAUGUUGUAUUAAAAUCAAGAAGGCCGACUACUGAGUCCACAAUACAGCUUCAGCUUCAUUUUAAUGGUCGAAACACUUCUGUUAGGAAUGAAAGUAAUCGUUUUAACGAUAAUCGUGCUACAUCACAGUGA